AUGCGUUGUAUAUUUCUAUCUACAUCACUGCCUGCCACCGUUUGCCGAAUCUUUUUUCUUAAAGAAAAGGUUGACGGCCGUGAAAGUUCCUUCUACGACGUCGCUUCACUUCACAUUCGCGCCAAAAUCCAGGGUUCUCCGAUGGCUGACGGCGACUCCGAACUCGCAUUCAAUCUCCAGGUUGAGGAAGCCCUCACCGCCUCAAUUCUCGAGGGCGGCGCCCUUCCCUCCCCGGACGCAGCGUCUGUCUCAUACGACGCCGUUUUCGGCCCAGCCAUGUCAGGCCUCCUCCAGGAUGACCACCUCUACGCCUACGAAGAGGAGCUCCUCGGCCAGUACGAGGCUGAGGCGGCGGUGAAGCGCCUCCGGGUCGAUCUCAGCCGUCAGAUCCACGAUCGCGCCCUGGCCUGCGAGAUCGCGAGUGCGCCGGAGGCGGAGUGGCGGAAGACCGGGGAUCAUCUGAACCGGCCGUAUCGCGAGGGCUCGUCGUCAUCCGGUAAUGGUCCAGGUUUGAAUUUUAGGGUUUAUGUAAAGGGUUUGUUGGGGAGGGGUUGUGUAGAGGGUUUGUCGAGGGAAAUGGUGGGCGGUGUUGGGGUUGCCAUAUGCGACGCCGGUGACAAUUUGGUGUUCGAGUUGAGUAAGGGUGUUGGCGGGUCUGAGAGGCCAGUGAAUCAAGAGUUUGUUGAGUUUAAAGCUCUGAGUGAAGGGCUUGAUGUUGCCGUGUUGCUCGAUUUGAAGAGGGUUUGUGUUGUUACAGACAGCCGUGUGCUCUAUCAAUACAUCACUGGGAAAAGUAAUCAGGUGGCAGCAAAUGUCACCACAUUCAGUCAGCAAAUAGAUAUUCUCCUUCGAAAAUUUACUUAUAUUAGUGCAUUAUUUGUGGCCAACAGAAGCAUUAAGUUUGCUUUUGAACUUGCACGGAAUGCAAUUGAGUGCCAGGUCAAUCUUUCAGCAGGAAGUAGCAGCAGUGUAGAGAACCCGAUUGAGAGUUGUGCUAUCUGUUUCGAAUACACAUCCGCAAACCGAAUGUUCACGAUUCCAGAUUGUCUCCAUAGGUACUGUUUUACAUGCAUGUCGAAGCACGUGCAAUUUAAGUUGCUUGAAGGCUCCCUACCUAAAUGCCCUUUCGAGAAAUGCAAAUCAGUACUAAAACUCGAUGGCUGCAAAAGAUUCCUAACUCAAGAAUUAUUUGAUGUGUUGAGCCAACGCGUGAAGGAAUCUUCUAUUUCUCCGGCCGAUAAGGUUUAUUGUCCCUACCCUAAGUGUUCGGCAUUGUUUUCAAAAACCGAGCUUCGAGGAUCACUACUCGGGGCCACAGAGUGCCCCAAAUGCAGUGGCUUUUUUUGCAUCAAAUGUAAAGUCCCCUGGCAUGAAAACAUGAGUUGCUUUGAUUUCAAAAGACUAAACCCCUACCCAGGUAAGGAGGAUAAGAAACUGAAGGGUUUGGCUAAUCAGAAAAAGUGGCGUCAGUGUCCUAAGUGCAGCUUUAUGGUUUCACUUUCUGAAGGAUGCUACCAUAUUUAUUGCAGGUGUGGGCACGAGUUUUGCUAUACAUGCGGGGCCGAAUGGAAGAAUAAGAAAGCGAGCUGCACUUGUCCUAUAUGGGACGAACGCAAUAUCAUACGCGAUCAGUAA